AUGGACUUGGACAAUGAUAAUGACGUGGAACAUGACAGAUUGAAUAUAACUGAUGUGCCAACGACGUCUCAGACAACAGAGCAAAAUGACGAAAAUCACGACUCUUCACAAAGUAAUAACGAGAAAAGAAAAUUAGUUACAUACAAAGGAGAAAUUGGUAACAUGAAGUGCAAUGUUUUUUGUGCAAUGACAAAUUUUGCAGUGAAGUGUAAGGGAUACAUUACCAAAGACAUCAACCAGAGAAACCCAGAAGGAUUUCUGAUUGAAGUAAUAGCGAAAGAUUCAGUUCCUGCACCACACCAAGAAACAGAGUGCGACGAGAUUCAAGAAAAUGAGUCAGAGCCGGAAAAUGGGUAA